GUCACACUGUUGGCGUCAUUUUUUUGAAAAAAACAAUUUAUUUUUGAAAACGAUCGAGUUAAAAAUCUGAGAGAAAACAAAGCCCGAAAUAUGUUCAAAAAUCUGGACCUGAACGCACUGAGCGUGGACGACAUCGUGGAGGAGUACAAGCUGCUGCACGAUCGCCACCAGCAGCUGAAGAAUCAGAGCGACCAGGAUGCCCAGAGGAUCUACGAGCUGAAAAGGAGUUUGGACACCGCCCUGGCGGCCGAAUCGUAUUUAACCCAGGAACUGGAGCAGCUCAGCAGCCAGCCGGUGGCCAGCAGCUCUGGAGGGGAUUCCCAGGAGCUGGAGGAACUGCGUCGCAAGUACAAGGCGCUGAAAGAGGAGCAGGACACUUGGCAGCAGGACUACGACGCCAAAGUGGAGGAAACUGCGAAGUUAAGGGACAAACUGGCUGCCACGGAAAGGCAACUGGCGGAUAGAUCAUCCACCAGGUCAACGGAUCUCCACGAGGAUUGUUUGGCCCGCCUGAAUGCCCUGGAACUCGAGAACUGCGAACUGAUGCAAAAACUAUCCGAAUACGAGGAUUCCCGGGUGGCCAGCACCUUUGCGGUGGCCGAAAGAGAGAAAACCAUCGAGUGUCUGCAAGAUCGGGUGAGCUGCCUGGAGCAGAACCUCAACUGCAAGCGGGACGAGCUGGAGGAGAAGCUGCAGCUGCUGGAGAGCUGCCAGGAGCAGCUGGUGGAUGCCAAUGCGAAGAUAGCGCUGCUAACCUCCGCCCCCGAAAACAAUGAUCGCAAGGGCAACUCCCUGUUCGCCGAGGUGGACGAUCAAAGGCAGGCCAUGAAGCACCUGCUGGCGGCCCAGAAGAAGAGCUAUCUGGACAUGAAGAAGACCUUCUCGGACAGCCAGUUCGAGAUCAGACGCCUCAAGCGGGAGAACGUGGCCAUGCACACAGAGCUGCAAGCCUGCAGCACAAUUUUCUGCAGUGCGGAUAAGACUUAUCAAAAUAAGCUGAACGAGCGCAUCCGCCAGCUGAUGGCUGCCAACGAUAGUCUGGAAAAGCAGCUGAAUACCUCCCAGGAGCGGCUGCGCCAGUUGGCCAGCGAAAAGUCGGUCACCUGGCUGGACUCAAUGCUGGAUUUCUGCAAACGCGAAACGGACGAGCUGAAGGCGCAGCUGCACAGCAUGCGCAUCCAGAAGGCUGGACUGGAGGAGCGAAUGCGGUCCGUGCAGCAGGAAAUGGCACGCUGGCGCUUUGAGUCGCUGAAAUCUCGCUGUGUGCUAAUUGACCGCGAAAAUCUGUUGACGGAGCACAAGAUCGGCUUCAAACCCAUGCAGGCCAUGGAGUUCAACAUCAAAGAGGCGGAGCUCAAAGCUGCGCUGCCUCGCAUUGUCAGUGUAGCCACGUCAUCGCCGUCUUCAUCAGCUCAAUUAUCCACAGCUAAAACCUCUUCUAUAUCUGUUCCACCUCCUACUGAAACUAUAGUUCUCGAUACACCCAUAAAACCAGCCGUUAAAGAAGAGUUAGUCGAGCUAAAAGAAGCUCCUGUUAAAGUCAAACAGGAAGCGGAAGAACCCGGAAUCAAACCUAUCCAAAACCACACUCCAAUUAAGACAAUUAUGGGUGUUAAAAUAAAAAGGGAAGUCAACUUAAACUUCGAGCAACAAGCGGAAGCUAAUAUCAAAAAGGAAGCGCCGGAAGCAACCCCUCAAACGGAUAUGAACCAAAAUGAAAUGGAAGAAGACGACCAGAAAAAGAGCACAACCCCAGCUAAACCUUUAAUGAAGGGUACUCCAGUUAAGCAACGAUUUGGAGGCAUCAAAGUAAAGUCCAACGAUGACUUACUGAACACACCGGCUAAGCCGCAGCGCAAGGGAACUCCUGUAAAGCUCAUAAAGGUGGAAACUGAAUCUGAAGGCGAAGAAUCCUUCAAAGAAACUCCCUUGAAGGGAGAAGAAAUCGAGGGCGUGGAAAUACUGGACAGUCCCGCUCCACAAAAACCACAUCGCAAAGGAACUCCUGUGAGAAUUCCAGUCAUCAAAGACACAACUAACAACAAUGUGCGCUCUAUCCUCACCCAAAAACGUGAUGUCUUCGCUGAAGAUUUGCAAAAGGCGGUGAAAUUUAGUGCAAAUGAUCCUAUUAUCCACAAUUUGAGUCCUCUUGAAAAAAGUCAAAGUGAGGAGGUCACCAAGGAAAAUGAAAUGCCUACGAAAACUGGGGAAUCCAACGACGUUAAACCCACAAUAAAGCGACCAAAUAUCAUACGUCGCAUUGUUGUUAGUUCCCGAAAGCCACAAAUGAAAUGAUUUCUUCAGUUUUCUAAUAUAAACCUUAAUUUGAAUUUAGACUAAGCCAAACAAAAUCAGAAUACAAUGCCUAAUAGCAAUAAAAUGUUUUUUAUUUCUAUGCAUUUCGGGUUAUUAAGUUAUUAAACUUUUCACUAAAUAUACUUAUAAAUACAAAACAAAACAAUGAUUUAUAAAUAAGGUUGAAGCAUGUAGUGGCCCUUAUUUAUAAUCUAUUAGACGUAAUCAGCGAGCAACUUUACAGGGAGUGUCAUAGGGCAUUCUCGUCACAUUUCCAAUGCCCGUAUGACACUUACUAUAAAUUUACUGCCGGUGAGCGAACUUAAAAUUUACGAAAUUAGCUUCAUUCAG